CGGAGCGUUGCAUCAGAUAUCCGCAGGUGCGGGUGGAAAACGACAAUGAACGUGUUAGCAAUAUUGCUUUUUGCCGUGGCCGCUGCCGUUCAGGCGCUGCCCCAGUAUGCAACACCACGGCGCAAUCUUAUAUCUAUGGUGAAGACUAAGCCACUUGUGUCUGGACACCUAAAGGCUGAGGAGGCUGCUGGCCGCAUUAUAGGUGGCUCCCCAGCCUCACUCGGCCAGUUCCCACACCAGGCGUCCAUCGUCAUGGACUACUCCUACCUGUGCGGUGGGUCGCUAAUCUCCACCUCUGUCGUCCUAACAGCGGGGCACUGUGCCUCCGGGUUCAGCACGUGGGAGGUGAGGCUUGGACUCACCAGUCUCAGCAUUAUUGAGCCCAGCCGCGUGACCAUCGUCACCAGGUCGGCGUCGGUGCACUCCGAAUUCAACCCCAGCAACCUCUACAACGACAUCGCCGUCGUCUUCCUGGGUACCAACGUCCCGCUCAGCAAUUACAUCGGACUGGUGAACCUGCCUUCUCGCUCACAGGCGGGCAACAGCUUCGAGGGCCAGACCGCUACGGUCAGCGGCUGGGGCCGCACUACCGAUAACGGUGCCAGCUCAGACACGCUGCUGUACACGGCACUGAACGUCAUGUCCAACACGCAGUGCAGCCAAUACUUCGGGGGUCCCAUCUUAGACUUCACACUCUGCGCUGUCGGUUCCAGCGGACAGAGCACCUGUAACGGCGACAGCGGCGGCGCGCUGGUGGUCGGCUCACAGGGAAGCUACACGCAGAUCGCCGUCGUCAGCUGGAUUUCGGGCAAGGGCUGUUCGAGCGGAGACCCGGCCGGCUUCACCAGGGUCACCUACUUCCUCGACUGGAUCUCAAGUACCGCCGGCGUCACCAUUCCGUAAAGGCAGCACAUUCAUCACCGGCUAUUUCCAAAUUCCUCGAGAGAAGAAUCUGUGAACAAUACAGAACCCCAAAUAAAUAAUUCAGUAUA